AUGCGUUUCUCCUUUGCAAUCGUCCUCGCCGUCGCUGCAUCGUCAAUCUCUGCAACGCCCAUCGACGCUAGCGCCCAGAGAUGUCCCCUCUUUUGCUGGAUUGACAUAAAUUGCAAAGACUGCACUUGGGGGCUUUGCAAAUUUCCUUUCUGCACAAGCCGUCAGGAAAACAUCAGCAUCGGUGACUGUCGGUCCUUUGCAGACGGGCCUGAGCCUUUAGAUCGUAAAAUUGAUUUGGAUAGGCACACUCGAGGAGGAGCGGGAAUGGUUGCUCGAAAAGAAUCAAAAGACGACCGUGGGGCGUCGGAGUCGGUGCUUGCGCAGGGGAGGUACAUCCCGUUCAUGGGUGUUUUUGGGACUGAUAAAAUCGUACUCUUCUUCCUCUUCAUAAGCAUCGGUGAUAUCUGAGACGCCUUCGUCAUCUGCGCAGACGAUAGAGAGGGCCUUAGUUGUGUACAGAGGGCGAAUGCUGAUGCGCUUGGAUCUCCGACCGUGAGUUGGGAGAGGUAGCUUAGUAAAGUCUUCGUCGUCUGAGUGCU